AGCCUAAUCACGUGCGAAAUCUGACUGAACUUGAUGACUCAUCAAAGCUAUCUUUAUUUCCGCCAUGGCAGACAAAUGUCCAGUCGACCAUGGUAGUCAUUCUUCAGACCAGACCUGUCCUGUCGACCACAAAUCUCGUACAAUAUGGGACUCUGUCUUACCAGGGACCAGCUCUGCACAUUCAAUCAACUCACCUUCACUCUCGACGGAACGGGAGGUUUCUUCGAUACCUCGGACAGAUAAUGGUAAUUGGGUAUACCCGUCGGAGGCUCAGUUUUUUGCUGCCAUGGCGCGCAAAAACCACAAUCCGCAUGCUCCGGAUAUGAAGACCAUCAUUCCUAUUCACAAUGCCGUUAACGAACGUGCUUGGUCGGAGCUGAUGAAAUGGGAAUCUGGGAGAGGUGGUGAAAAGUGCGGGGGUGUAAAGCUUGUAACCUUCAAGGGCAGGCCUAAUGACUUGACCCCAAAAGCUCGACUCAUGACGUUGCUCGGGUACUCUGCUCCCUUCGAUCGUCACGACUGGGUGGUCGAACGAUGCGGAACCCGGAUCAGAUACGUGAUCGACUUCUAUACCGGACGGGGAGCAGGACCUUCGUCAAAUAAUGUCUCUUUUUAUCUCGAUGUUCGGCCCGCCUUAGACAGCUGGGAAGGGGUGAGGAUGAGAGCCGAGAAUAUUUGGCAGGACUGGUUUAGAAGUGUUCGCAGUAGCAGCACCCCGCCUCAGUCAUGAGUAGUCUCUGUAGACGUAUAUUCACUCCUCCGAGCCUCAUACGUAAUUUAUCCCCUACUCUUGGUUUACUAAUUGUGAAUGUAUUUAGGACUUACUUAUAGCCACGAUAUGUGGAACGGCGACUCGGAUACGUUCUCAGUCGUCAUAUAUCGAUCCAGCUUGCCCUUGAUAAAGGACUAAACCUGCAAAAUCAAGCCUACCUCGCCUUUGGUAUGUAGUCAAAUCCUACGGUGCUAUGCUGGGG